CGGUGACGUCACCGCUCCCACACCGAGAGCUCGCGCACGCGUUGUGGAGCGCGCACACUGCCAUGAACUUCAGAGCGUAACUUCGUUUUUCUCGGUGGGAAACUACGACCGUAUUGAUCUCUUUUUCUCCCCCUCAUCAGAACGCGCAACAUUCGGAGAAUCUAGUUGCAUAUUUUGUCCCUCCGUUUCCAGCAGCAUGUCGUCCGCGGCGGUCGCUGCCUCGCGCAGGCAGUCGUGUUAUUUGUGCGAUCUGCCCCGCAUGCCGUGGGCGAUGAUCUGGGAUUUUACCGAGCCCGUGUGCCGCGGAUGCGUCAACUACGAAGGAGCGGACCGCAUUGAGUUUGUGAUCGAGACCGCGCGGCAGCUGAAGCGCGCGCACGGGUUCCAGGAGGGCAGAUCACCGGGACCGGUGGGCAAACCGGGGAAGGACAUGCAGCACAUGAACCACACUGAACCGGGCUCGCGUGCUCCGCAGGCGCUGGAUCGCUACCCGCUCGCGUCGGACAGACCCCCCAGACUGGGUCCGGAGUACCAGGGGCGACAAGCGAACGGGAUCCCGGUGCCGAACGGGUUUCCAAAGCCCGACGAGCCCCCGGAGCUGAACCGCCAGAGCCCGAACCCGCGUCGGACCGGCGCGGUGCCUCCCAACCUGCUUCCGCUGGUCAACGGGAGCAUGCAUGCGCUCAACGGGAGAUCCGUGCAGAUGGGGAUCCACCCGGUUGCGUUAACGGCGGAGCAUGUGGGCAAACGCGCGGAGGACAUGAAGGACAAACACCGCGCCGACAGCAUGAGCGACGCGAGCGACGGACACAAGGACUGGACGCAGAAGGGCAGGACGGUGCGAGAGCUGAUGUCGCUGCACAGCAUCGACUCCCGGUUCAAGAAGGAGCACAGGAUGGGAUUCGAGAGCAGCUCCGGUGCCUUAAAAACAGAUCGCGGUAAGCACUCUCGGGGCAUUAAAAGGAAAACCUCUCCCGAGCCGGACGGGGAAAGCAGUGCCGCCAAACUUAACGGCGAGAAUCAGCCGUGGUUGCCGUCUCCGUCCGAGGUGCUCAAGAUGCCCUUGGGAUUCGCCGCCGCUCCUCCAUCCACGAUCUCCCCGCAUUCGCGCACUACACCGCCAGAGGUGUCCACCGCCGCGCAAAACAGCCAGUCGCCGAUGGCCGCGCUAAUUUUAGCCGCGGACAACGCUGGAACCGGCUCACCUAAGGACACCGGAAACCAAGUGCACUCCACGACCGCGGGACAGCGGAACAGUGGAAGCCCACAGUCGCCCUCGACAGGACAAAGGCGGCUCACGCUGGGAACGACGACCGUGCACAUCCCAGGCAUGGACACGCAGGCCGGGCAUCCGCAGAGCAUUCCCGAUUCCUCGGUGGCACCCGGAAGCGUGCCGUUGUGCUGCACCCUGUGCCACGAGCGCCUCGAGGACACACAUUUCGUCCAGUGCCCGUCCAUUCCGUCGCACAAGUUCUGUUUCCCGUGUUCCCGCGAGAGCAUCAAACAGCAGGGGGCGACAGGAGAGGUUUACUGCCCGAGUGGCGAGAAAUGCCCGCUUGUUGGAUCCAACGUACCCUGGGCGUUCAUGCAAGGCGAAAUAGCCACCAUUUUGGCUGGGGAUGUAAAGGUUAAAAAGGAGAGGGACCCUUGAUUUUUUUUUUUCUUCUUCUUUUUUUUGCGCAUAAUAUCCUCCAGGUUUAAAAAAAAAAAGUACACUUCCAUAAUGUACUUGUCAAACGAUUAAUCGCAUCCAAAAUGAAGGUUUUUGUUUACAUAAUAUAUGUGUGUGUGUGUACUGUGUAUAUUUAUUAUGUGUAUAUAUAAAUACAAAAACAUGCAUGUAUAUAUUUAUAUUAUGUUUAAAUAUAAAAAUUAUAUAUUUAUAUAUAAUAUAAAAUAUAAGAAUGUAUCGAUGUGUAUAUACAUGUAAAUAUUUGUAAAAUAUAUACUGUAUGUGUGUGUGUUUAUUUAUACAUAUAUACAUACACAGUACACAUACAUUUAUUAUGUAAACAAAGUGUUUAUUUUGGAUGUGAUUAAUCGUGAUUAAUAAUUUGACAGCACUGUUUUUAAAGUGCUCAGUUUUUGCGCACUACUUUUUUACUUGAUGUACUAAAAGUGAUUCUUUAGUACUUCUUAAGAUCGAUUAAGUGUACUCAACUAUGCUAUUUUGGGACAUCAUGAAUAUGAAAAAAAGUAUUUUUCUGUAUUGAAAAAAUAAGUGUACUACAAGUGGUGACUAAAUACAUUUUUAAAUACAGAGAUAGUAUGUUAAAAGCGCAUUUUAUUUCAUAUUCAAUGUCUCCCAAAUAGCACAGUUGAGUACACUUAGUUGAUCUUAAGUAGAGCACAACAUUAUGGAAGUGUACUUUUUAUUUUAUUUUUUUUAACCCGGGCACAAAUCAUAUUGCAUACCAUCCAAACGUGACGUACCGGACAUGUACAUAUUGAAGUUAUGGGAACUGUACACUUGGUAAAAAUGGCUGUAUAAUUUUUUUUGAUUUCACUUUUUUUAAAUACAUUGUAUUUCUAUAUUUUUUUCCUUUCCCCCCAAUUCAGUGGUUGUUCAGAGCGAACGCUCGGUGUACUAGUAGACCUGGUGGCAGUCCAUGUUUAAACACUGAAUGUGACUAAUACUCUUUAAGCACUUGGCAAGAACUGAAACGCUUUUAGCUGUAUUGUAUGCACUUGUUUAAAAAUGGCCAAAUACAAUUUCUGACCUUGUAAUAACAA